GGUAAGGCAUGAACUUGUACACAAGAGAAAGACCUGUUAUUUCCUAUCUGUCAUUAAUGUAAAUCACUGAGUGGUGACUGCGCUAUCACCGGCUGUAUUGCGCUCCAAUGAGCGCCGAGGGACGCCUGUUUCCUCACUUCCUCUGCUGUUCUGACAGGAUUUGGCCCGAUCCAACCCGUGAGUAGCCAUUUUGGUCCCACCUAAAACACUAGCCUCAUUCUGAAUCGGAGAUGGAAGAAAUUGAGCCGACAGCGAGUCAGAAAGAUAAACGCUAUUGAAACUCAGGAAUACAGACGGACAGGACAUCAAGGCACACAAGGAUUGCGUUACAAAAAGGAGCGAUUUUGGGACGGGUGACAACAACCAUCUGCCGUCCUCUCUGUCCGAGUGCUAUUCUAGCCUAGAUUGGAGCCAGUCUCUGAUAAUUACUUAAAUUUAAGAGGCCAUGUAUGGAAUUUUUCAAAUAAAAAUAUAGUUUAUCAGCCUUCAUUCUCAAUAUAAAUGACUAUAUACCGAGUGAGCGUUAUAGGGAAAUAGAUGUCAUCAUCACACUUUUUCUGCGUCCUCGGGACACCUUGAGACACAUUUGGAUUGGAUGGACCGAUGUUGAGUCAGUAUCCAGAACCCAUGGUUUUGGUCCAGAAGCAAGAGUACAAUCGCCACCCCUUGUAUUGCCAAAGAAGGUGCAGAAUUGAAUCAUCCGGGAAAUAGAGGCAACAUUCAUCGAGAAUAAAAUGUCAACAAAAACUCCACUACCUACGGUCAAUGAGAAAGAGGCGGAAAGCCAUACGACUCACAGCAAUGGGCGCCAGGAAGUCACCACGCGCUCUGUCCGCUCGGGAGUCCGCACCCGAAACUCUGGUGCCGACGAGCAGCCUCAUGUGGGGAACUAUCGCCUCCUGAAGACCAUUGGGAAGGGCAACUUCGCCAAGGUCAAGCUGGCCCGCCAUAUCCUCACUGGCAGAGAGGUGGCAAUAAAGAUCAUCGACAAGACACAACUAAACCCAAACAGCCUUCAAAAGCUCUUCAGAGAAGUAAGAAUAAUGAAGCUUUUAAACCACCCAAAUAUAGUCAAGUUGUUUGAGGUGAUCGAGACAGAGAGGACGCUGUACCUGGUGAUGGAGUAUGCCAGUGGAGGAGAGGUCUUUGACUACCUUGUUGCACACGGAAGGAUGAAAGAAAAAGAGGCCAGGGCUAAAUUUAGACAGAUCGUAUCUGCUGUGCAGUACUGCCACCAGAAGCACAUUGUCCAUAGAGACCUGAAGGCAGAGAACCUGCUGUUGGAUGCAGACAUGAACAUUAAGAUAGCAGACUUUGGUUUCAGUAAUGAGUUCACCAUGGGGAACAAGCUGGACACGUUCUGUGGCUCCCCUCCCUACGCCGCCCCAGAGCUGUUUCAGGGGAAGAAGUACGACGGGCCCGAGGUGGACGUCUGGAGCCUAGGGGUCAUCCUUUACACACUGGUCAGCGGCUCGCUGCCCUUCGAUGGGCAGAACCUCAAGGAGCUCAGGGAGCGGGUUCUGAGGGGGAAAUAUCGUAUCCCCUUCUACAUGUCCACAGACUGCGAGAACCUCCUCAAGCGCUUCCUAGUGCUCAACCCGGCCAAGCGGGGGACUUUCGAGGUGAGGGACGACAGCGAAAAUCAAAUCAUGAAGGACCGCUGGAUCAACGUGGGAUCGGAGGAGGACGAGCUUAAGCCUUUUGUAGAACCAGAACAGGACAUCACUGAUCAGAAGAGAAUAGAUGUAAUGGUGGGGAUGGGCUUCUCUCCAGAGGAGAUCCAGGAGUCUCUGGCCAAGAUGAAGUAUGAUGAGAUCACUGCCACCUACCUGCUGCUUGGGAGGAAGUCUUCUGAGCUGGAGCCCAGUGAGUCAACCUCCAGUAGCAACCUGUCCCUGGCCAAGCCCCGGCCCACCAGCGAGCUCAAUGGCCAGUCUCCCUCCCACCUCAAAGUCCAGCGGAGCAUCUCCUCCAACCAGAAACAGAGACGCUACAGUGACCAGGUGGGUCAGAAUGUUCCCCAAGGGUCCGGAUACCCCAAGAGGAGCCAGACCAGCACGGCCGAAAACAACAUCAAAGAGGAGGGAGGGGUGCAGCUACGCAAACCCAACACCCCCGGCGGGCGCAGUGUCCCCCCCUCCAGUCCCCUGCUGGGGACCGCCAACAACCCCAACAAGGCUGAUAUUCCCAAUGGCAAGAAGGGUGUUACCCCCGUCCCCAAUCGCUUCUGUACCACCCUGCAGAAUAACACUGGCUCAGGCGGGAUGACAAGGAGAAAUACGUACGUGUGCAGCGACAAGAACGCUACGGACCGGCUCUCUGUCAUUCCCAAUGGGAAGGAGAAAAGUGUGGCCGUGUCUCCUGGCCAGCGGAACCCUGUGGUGUCCACCCACAGCAUCACCAGCGCCACCACGCCCGACAGACUACGUUUCCCACGAGGCACAGCAAGCCGCAGCACCUUCCACGGCGGCCAGCUGAGGGAGCACCGCACGGCCACCUACAAUGGGCCCCCAGCCUCACCCACGCUGUCCGACGACGACGCGCGCCUUACCCAGACUCGCAGCCGCGGCUCCAGCAACCUCUUCUCCAAACUCACCUCCAAACUCACACGCAGGGUCAGUAUUGACCCGGCCAAACGGCAGACGGCCAAAUCAGGGCCUGCCAUCCCUUCUUCCCAGGGAGCAAAGACUCUUAAGUCUCAACCGAGUUUGAGAGAAACGGGAGAUUUGAGGGCUCAAGUCGCAAUGUACCUGGGGAUCAGAAAGGGGAAAGUAAAGACGGUAAACCCCGCUCCCUCAGAUUCACUUGGAGUAUGAAGACCACCAGCUCCAUGGAGCCUUGCGACAUCAUGGAAGAGAUACGCAAGGUGCUCAACGCCAACAACUGCGAUUAUGAACAGCAAGAGUGUUUCCUGCUGCUCUGUGUCCAUGGUGAUGGACAUGCUGAGAACCUUGUCCAAUGGGAGAUGGAGGUGUGCAAGCUGCCCCGCCUCUCCCUCAAUGGCGUGAGAUUCAAGAGGAUAUCAGGCUCAUCCAUCACUUUUAAAAACAUUGCAUCCAAAGUCGCCAACGAGUUAAAGCUAUGAACGAAAGGGUAAAACUGUCUGGAAAGUAUUUAAGCUGUACAAUGAUUAAAGUAGCAGUUUCCAUUUUUUUUUUCCUCCACAAAAUACAGUAUGUAUUGAAUGAUAAAAUGCCAAAAGCAUUCCGCUAUACAAUAAUCACUGAAUUACUAAUAGCUACAGUAUAUAUUCUAGUCAUGUUAGACCAUCAUAACAAAUUGAAUAUAGUUGGUCAUGCUGUGAAAAUGGACAAAGCUUUGUCUUUAUUUAUUUCAUUAAAGUUACCCUUGUUUUCAGUGUAAAUAAUGUAGCUUACUUUCAAGACAGCUACACAUUGUUAUACUUAGUUUGAUUUAUAUAUUGUUUGAUUUUAGGUGGAAUUUAUGUAAAUGUUCAUUAGGUAAGAACACCCAUGUCAAUAAAAUUGUCAACUUGA